UGAGUCGAUCCAAAUCCAAAUCCUCUGAAAGACUGUGUGUGAACUGUUUUGAAUACCCUUUCCAUCUCUUUGGAGCAUUAUCCCCAAUUGAUUGAUCCUGAUAACAGCACGUAGCGGCUCCUCAUUGGAUGCUACUGUGAUUGACUGAGGAGGAGCAGAGAGGGAGGCCGGGCGAAACCAUUCAUCCGUCCAAUACUCCGACUGAAAAAAUGUGAAGAUUAAUGAGCACUACGAGGCAUCUAGGUUCGGAUUUCGAAGAGGAUUAUGGGCGUGUAGCUGAAUUAGAUGGUGCGAUUACAAAUCCUGGUAAUUUAGGGUUGGAUUAGCCUAUUAAUCACUCGGUCAUCGGCGCUGAAUCCCCCCACAUCCCUGCGCAUAAACAGCCAAACAGGCAGCAGGGAUGCGGGGAUGAUUGUGUGACGCUGCGAUGGGUACCUGCGGAGAUACCGAGAUUCAAACAAUAAUGAGGAUCGGGUCUGAUUUCAAGUCGCUUUAGUCGAUCUAAUCGCUUCCUUGUCGACGUUAUUUGGCCAUGAUGUUCCUGCGGAGGCUCAUGCAGCUGCUGGUGCUGCUGAUCCAGAGCGGAUGGUGGGGGGUCGCGCCGAGUCCCACCGAUGAGGGAGCACUCCGGGCCGGCCACGGGGAGCACGGAGAGCCGGGACACCAGGAGCCUCACAAGGACUCCUACAGCACCUUCGCCUCCGAGUUCCUAGAGUCCAGAUACCUGUCCGAUGACGGUUAUCCAUUCCCCACCGCCCCACCAGUGGAUCCCUUUGCCAAGAUCAAAGUCAGCGACUGUGGAGUGACCAAAGGCUGCAUAAGAUAUGGAAAGCCAGGCUGCGAUGCAGAAACAUGUGACUACUUCCUGAGUUAUCGUCGCAUCGGGACAGACGUGGAGUACGAGAUGAGUGCAGACACAGACGGCUGGGUGGCCGUAGGUUUCUCCUCUGACAAGAAAAUGGGAGGAGACGAUGUCAUGGGCUGUGUCCAUGACGAUAACGGACGUGUACGGAUUCAUCACUUCUACAAUGUCGGACAGUGGGCGAAGGAAAUAAAGAGGAACCCUGCCAGAGAUGAAGAGGGCAUUUUUGAGAACAACCGGGUGACCUGCCGCUUCAAAAGGCCGUUAUACGUCCCGAGAGAGGAGACACUGGUGGACUUACACCUGUCAUGGUAUUACCUGUUUGCAUGGGGACCUGCCAUACAAGGUUCCAUCACGAGGCAUGACAUCGACAGUCCGCCUGUCAGCGACCGCAUGAUCAGCAUCUACAAGUACGAGGACCUCUUCAUGCCUUCUACAGCCUACCAGACCUUCAACUCUCCCCUCUGCUUACUGCUCAUAGUAGCUCUCACCUUCUACUUACUGAUGGGAACGCCAUAAUGAAGUGAGCACAAAAAAAAGAAGGAACAGAAGAUGAAGCAGCAAUAAAAAAAAAUGUCUGAUGCCACAUUCAAGUGUGCACUUUGCACAAAUAGACACUGUAUUAGAUAUAUUAACCACAAUAUAGAUAAUAUAUUCAUUACUCUGAGCUCAUACAGAGAAUCUUGACUAAUUAUUAAACCUAUGUUAUAGAGUUGUCAUGUACUGGUGUCAGUACAAAACAAGAGGUCUGAUAAAAAAGUAGUGUUAUAGUAGACAUAGGCCAUUUAUUUUCAGUAUUUAUGAUAGCUUCCAAGUAUUUAAAGAAUAUGAGGACUACACUUGAUCAUAAAUAAAUCUCACAAGUCUUCGAAAUUCUGCAUGCACUGGGAAAUCUGGACAUGAUUUCAGAAACUUGCUGUUCACUGGUGAUGAGAAGACAGCGCCUCAUGUUGAAUUUGGCUAAAACACAAAAGGUUUUCUGAGGACGAAAGAAAGAAAACAAGCAGCUCACAGCCGUUUGCACACACUCUUCCUGUCCCUUUAUCCUCCUGUGUUCAAAUGGAGAUCAUGCAAAAGCAAGAAAAAGUUGUUUUAUGUUGUUCAUACUAUCAAAAAUACAGUUUGCAAGUUUUUAGGGAGUGCCUACAGUGUGCAUUUGACAUGCAAAACAUUUUACUUUUUCUUACGUUUGGCACACAGAAACACUCGGCUCAUCUCACUUUUCCUCAGUUUCCUUUUAAGAUCUUUUCCUCUUUCUCAACCACAGUGGCUGUUGGGUUUGUUUAUCAGCACUGUGCCACUGUGACUGUCUUUAACACAGAGACAGAGAAAUUGCUUCAUGAGUAACUGUUGCAAGCAAUAACACACUGAACAAGAGCAAACUGUGGACUGAAGAACAGUUUGCUCUUAGAUGGACUAUUUUUCCCCAGGCUGUUAUUGUAGCCGUUUGAUCUGUAUUAAAAAUGGACAAAUAUGUUAAAAUGAACUGAACCGUGGUUGUGUUUAUUACGAAUAAACCUAUGAAAAACAACAACACAA